AUGGGCAACGAGUGUAGCAGCUGUGAGGACGAGGACGAUUCCGCGGCUUGCGAUGUGAAGCAGCCAAGCCAUGCCGACGCCUUGAGGCAGACGGAGAGGCUCAGCGCAGACUCAGAGGCUGCGGUGCUCGAUGCAGAGUCAGUGCCUGUGCUGGGCCUGCAAGGCUGCACCGUGGUGAAGCCCAAAUCCACAGAUUCCUUGGCUCUGAGCCCCGAGGAUCAGCUCGACAGGGCCGGAAUGCUCGAGGUAGACUUUGAACUACUCCGGGCAGUGCCCUUGAGCAAGUGCUUGCAAAGGGCAGGAAGACUUUGGUCCAAGAACCCUGCGGAUAUCACCCACGCAGAGCGGGUUGCCUUGAGCAAGAUGGCGGAAGCAGCAGAGUCCUUCGACGUCUUCAUCUCUCAUAGUUGGACCUCACCGGGACGCUCAAAGUUUCUGUACCUGUUGUUGCGAGAAGGAGUUUCGUCAGCACUGUUAUUCUGGUGUAUCGCGGUUGGUGUGGCCAUGCUCCUUUGCUCUGUGUCUGCACUCCCUAUGCCGGCCGACUACAUCAUUCAGAUCCUUCAGUUUCGUGAUCCCGCCCCUUUCGGCUUUUGGGUCUUCGGGCCGAGCAUGAUCGCUACGGCAACCGGGCUGGCGCUGGCUCCUUACAUGCCAGCCAGGCAUCGCACGAAAUGCUUCGUGGAUGUGGUGAGCAUCAACCAGGCAAAUGAGGAGCUGAUGCAGCGCGGGAUAUACAGCAUAGGUGGCUUUCUGAGCGUUUCCCGAGAGUUGCUGGUCUUGUGGUCCCCACCAUACUUGUCGAGGCUUUGGUGCGUGUUCGAGCUGGCAGCAUACCGUCAUGCCAACCCACAUGGGAAGAUCACCCUGGUCCCAUUAUUCAUGGCAAAUGUCAUCCUGCUGCUUUUUUUCAGCAUGUUUGCCCUCGGAGGGGCAGUGAUGGCAGGUAUUCUUCUCGGCACUGCCGAUCCGGGAGGCAACUUAGGAUACUUUGGACUUCUUUUUGCUGUGCUUUGCCCACCUGUGAGCUGGGCUGCACACAUCAUGCGAAGAAACCUCUACGAAAAGCAGACCCUCUUGGAAAGCUUGCAGGAGUACAAGCUGAGUAACAGCCUCUGCCGCAUGGACUUCGAUCGUGCCUAUGUGCACAAGGCCAUAAGUACAUGGUACGGCAGCAUUGCAGGCUUCGAAGAGUACGUACAGGGGCCCUUGCAGCGCGAGCUCACUGGCAAGUCUUAUCGGCUCGUACUUCCCUUCAACUUGAGGUUCUUGAUUCUCCUUCCUGUGAUUAAUGUUGGUGUCGAGGAAGUCCUGAGCCUUGGUGUGGCGGGCGCUCCGUUCGAAUGUCUUCUCUGCCAGCUCUUGGGACAGUCACUGGCUGCGAAUAUCUUGUGGGGGAAUGUUUCCAUAAACCUGUUCGUCACUCUUUGCGAGCGCCUCGCCAGUCCUGCACGGAACGUGGGUUAUGACUGUCUGAAGUCUGUCUGCAUCUACCUGGCCUUCAUGGGAACACUGCUUGGUGGUAAUUUUGUUUCAUUGAUGACUCGUGAGACACACAUCUGGGCAGUAGUGGCCUGGAGUGCAUUUGCAGCAUGCGUCUUCUUCUGCACUUCGAGGGUAUAG